AGAAUUUUUCCGUUUCGGAAGUCGUUCCUAAAUCCUGUUCAUCACCAGCUUUCUGCUUUUGGUCUUUAAAAAAGUUGAAAAAGCCGGCUGAAGAACCAGUUUCUCUUCACACCAAAUAAAUCAACCCAACCCAGUUUCCAGAAUUCCCAAAACUCAAUUGAAUUCAAAUGAAUCCCUUGCUUCUGUAAAAUGGCUGACAUCGUUCCAGCUUCAGCCCCUGUUCAUCCCACGAGCUCACAAAUCCCGGUCGAUCUCUUUGUCUCCAAGAAACAUCCCGGCCUUCCACGUGGCGAAUUGGGUUUCCUCGAUUCCUCCGGCGACACCGUUUACAAAGUUACCCAUCAAUCUCCCAAGACUUCUUCUCACAAGCGCGUGCUGCUUGACGCCGCAGGAAAUCCUCUGUUUUCUUUGCGCCGUAAAGAUCAUGGAAGCUGGGAAGGAUACAAAGGGGGAGAUAGUGAGGAGAAAGACUUGAAAUUUAGAGUGAAGAGAACGAAAAAUAAGCUUACCAGAACUGAGUUGGAAGUGUUUCUUGUUGGUGAGAACUCAGCAGAUUCAGCCUGUGAUUUCAAAGUGAAGGGCUUUCCUUUCCAGAAAUCUUGCACCAUCUACAGAGGCAAUGAGAUAGUUGCUCAGACGAGUCUUAUGUACAAAUUGCACCAGCUUAUGCCAAAGAGAGGAAAAUUUCGACUAACUAUAUUUCCUGGACCCGUGGAUCAUGCUUUGAUAGCGGCCUUGAUUGUAAUAUUUCUCGAUUGAUCACAGAUUAUAGAAGAACUGGCAUCUAACAUUUUCAAAAUUAUCAACGCAAGAGUGCUACAACACAACCUAUCAGGGGCAGAACCAACGAGAUGCGAAGACAUGAAGUAGUUAAAGCCCCCGAUACUUAUAAACAGACUGGUUGGUCGGUAGGUUAUGAGCUCUGCAACCAUUUUUCCCAUUCACGAGUUGGAUUAUAUUUCUUUGUCAGCUGUUAGGCGCAAUAUGGUGUACUUCAGCAUCACUUGGUAAAGAUCAAUGAUCAAGUAAGUAGUUUAGGUUUUCGCUUUUCAUUCAAAGAAAUUGUGGUCUUCGUUUGCGAAGGGUUGAAACUGGCUCGGAUUUUCCAGUUACUUGUCUGGGUUAUGAACUUACAUGUUUCAAGUUGAGCAGCGUAGCAGCUACAACCACAAGCGAAUUUGAACCACAUUAUUGCUAGUC